AAGGUCAGGCUCCAAAGCCUCUGCUUUAUCUUGAUCCUUAAGGAAAGGAGGUCAGGUGACUGGAGUCUCCUUUCCAAUGGGCUUCUCCAUGUUUCAAUUGGUCUGUUUCUUCGUGUCUACUCUUUUAUUUUCCUGAAACCUGUCUCACAGUGGUCCUUUCUGAGUGCCUGUGAUUUCCCCCUCUUUCGUCGCCUAUUUUAUUCCCGUGUUGAGAGUCAAUAAAGUUCAUGUUGUGGCUGUGUGGCCCACGAAUCUUUCCUGAUGACUUCAAUGUGGCGCCUUUGGUAUUUGCACAUUUUAUGGGUGAGGCUAGCCGUCCGUGCAUUCUUAAAGAGACGGUGCCGCGUAGGGGAGAGCCGCGCAGGGGAGCGCGCUGGUGCUGGGGGCCGUUCUGGUUAAUACAAGGUUUUUCCGAUUGCUCUCGGGACGUAAGUGGACAUUAAGUAGACAAUAUAUGCACUGACUCCGCUCAUCACCUCCGCGUUUGAGUGGAAGGGUGUUUUAUAAUUAUGAACACAAAAGCAAGCAUUUAAGAAUUCGCUCGAAUUACAGCGCCUCCUCCAGAGGCCCCGCCCUCCGAGGGGCCCUGCAAGCCGCCCAAGGUUUCCAGGGCAACCGCCCAACAGAUACCUGGAGCCUCUGGAAGUAGCUGCUGUUGGUCCCCCGUCCACAAGGGCCAGGUAACCAGCUUUCCUUCCUGCGUCUUAGCAUGAAGACGUGUCUCAGAGACUCCCCGGAGUUCAAGAUUACCUUCCCAACCCCAACUAUACAAUCCAAGCCUACCUCCAUCUGCCAGUAGGGACUCCUCAAAGGUUUGAGGAGCCAAAAAUGACCAGGUGGUGGGAGCAGUCUCCGUUUUGUGAAACCUUGACGAGGAUCUCUGCUACAACCAUCAUCUCUCCUGUCCAUCAAACCCAGUCCACCAUCACCACCAGAGUCUUGAAUUGUGAGGGAUUGCCCAACGCAGUCACAGAGUGACGGGGAUAAGGACCACAUCUCCUUCUGUUACUUGACUCAGAGCAUCGUCCUCAUCUUGAAGUAUGCUGACUUUCUCUGUUCCACACAAUAGUAAACAGCGCCAUACCUGGGCCUUUGAGAUGCCUGUCUAAAACACCAGCAACUUCAAGGAGAGCUGGAAUGUGGUAGAGACAGUAGAUCCCACACUUACACACCUCUUACAAUAUUUACUAUAUUGAGAAGAGGAUCCUUUGAUCCGAAACAACGUUCUAUGAGAUUCAUGGUGAUGAAUGAGACAAACUCAACCCUUUGUUAGGUGUGCUGGUCAACAGACUUCGGAUGGGGAAGGCAAACUCACCUUCCUCUCCUCUGUCACUGGUCCCUCACAGUGGGAAGAGAUCCUGUGUAACCAGCCUGCCUGUGAUGGAAGUUCUGGCCCCCCAAGAGAUCAUAUCACAUUGGUCUUACCUCAUCGCAGCUGUAGAGAUGGAGAGCAUCUAUUGUAGGGAAUAUGGGAGGGAGCCUUAUUAAGUCAUGGCAUAGUCUCUGUCACUCCAUCCUGCCACCAAAGUGUUCCCAUUUAGGAACCUGUGGUACUUAGAGGACCAAGGGCAGACUGACUGGCAUCCCCUGGAUAAUCACUCUGCUCUCCUGUUUGUUCAGGACCGCUUCACCAAUGGAUGGUUGGUGAAUGGAGGGAUCUACACAUUUCAUCCUUGCUGAGACUAGAUUUCCAUCCUGUAUAAAAAUUGCCACAAAUUUAACAUCUCAAAACAUUUAUUAGCUCAUAGUUUCCCUGGCCAGUGAUCCUGGCAAAGAUCAGCUGGGCACUCUGCAGUCGGGUGUUGACUGAAAUGUGCUCUCAACUGGAUACAUGACUAGGGAAGAAUCCAGUUGGUUAUUGGGAAAAUUCAUCUCUGGUGACGGGACUGAGGUUCCUGUCCUCUUGAGCUGUUGGCUAUGUGCUGCUCUCCAGUCCUGGAGACCAGACCCCAUUCCUUGCCACAUGGUCCUCUCACAACAUAGCAGUUUACUUCUGAGCCAAGAGGAAGUCUCUCUCCAACUGCUAAGAUGAAGUCCAAUAUAAUAUAGGAGAACCAUGAAAAGCAAGUCACACGUCCCACUUGCAUUCAAGGGAAGGAGAUCAUACAAGAACGUGGAUGGGAAGAGCUCACUUUAAAUGUAUCUGCCAAACUGUGUAUAAGUCCAACCACAAGCUUCCUCGGUGUUCCCUUUCUCAUCUGGCUUUACGCCCUUUGAUAAAGCCAUUCAGAAUCACCCACCAGCUUGAGGAAUUAUAAGCUCCACUUAAGGCUCUGCCUACAGGAAGGUGUCCCUCAAUCGCUAUUUUUCAGAGCUACCUGCAAAUGGAACUAUAAUCUAGAAGUGUUCCAAUGCAGUGUGCACCAAUACAUUGUGAUUCUCCUGGGAUGGUUUUCUCCGUCUGUCAACUGUUCCCAGGGAAGUCCACCUGAGAGUUGACCUAAAAGAGAAACAUAAGAAACAGAUAACAGGGCCCGGAGCAGGGAGCCUGGACUGCAUAUUUAUGAGCCUUACUUUUGCCAUUCCAGACCGCUUCAAUUCUAUCACAGUUCUCCAUUUUAUCACUCAAUGGGCUGCUGCCGCAUUUGCUCAACUUUGGGGCUCUCCACCCAGCAGUCCUUAGAGAAAGAAAGGCGUGUGUCAGUUCCCACGUUUCUCCUGUUGAUGGUUACAAGCUUCCGUUAGAGAAGGACUGUGGCAUCGCCAGCGAAAAUACUUAUGGAGUGUUGCUCGGUCUGUCGAGGGCCGCUAGCCUCCGCUUCAGGAAGUCGGCUCCCGGGCUGGAAGCAGGACUCACUGCGCCCCUGAGACUGCUGAUAUAUCAACGUGUGGUUCAGUUGUUCCUUAUGUUUUAGGUGUGUGUCAGCCGACACUUCCUCUGCCUGCUCCUCCCAGGUCUCAGCUUUAGGACACCACCACGUUUCUAACAUCGCUGCUGAUCACUUGUGUUCUAUUAUGGCUUCUGCAGAGAAGACAGACGAAUAUCCAUUUGCAGAUAUUUUUAAUGAAGACGAAACUGAGAGAAGCUUUUUGUUGUCCAAACCUACUUGCUUUAUUAUAUUUGGAAAACCAGGGUCUGGGAAGACAACAUUAGCCCGUAAUAUAGCACAGGCAUGGAAAUGCAUUCGUGUGGAAGCCUUGUCCGUUUUAGAAGAAAUCACUGCCACUGAGACUGAAAUGGGAACCACGCUGCAGUCAAUGCUGGUGGGCGGUCACAGCAUCCCAGACGAGCUCGUCAUGAAGUUGAUCCUGGAGAAGCUCAAGUCUCCAGAAGUUUCUCACUUUGGUUACAUCAUCACUGAAAUACCAACACUGUCACAGGAUAACCUGACCACUUUGAACCAAGUAGAACUUGUUAAAAGUUUAGAAUUGCAACCAGAUGUCAUAAUCAAUAUUAAGUGUGGUGACUAUGAUUUGUGCCAAAGAAUCUCUGGGCAAAGACAACACAGUUCUACAGGGUACAUAUACUCUAGAGAGCAGUGGGACCCCGAGAUCAUCGAGAGUCGCAGGAGAAGGAAGAAGGAGCCCCCCAAAGAUGGAAAAUCUGAAGAGGAAGAAGAGGAAGAAGAACAAGAAGAAGAGGAGGCGCUGAUUGCUGAGAUGCAGAUGGUGGCAGAAAUGCUUCAACACCUGGUUCAGAGGCCUGAGGAUUACUUGGAGAACAUCGAGAAUACUGUGAAACUUUAUAAGGAAGAACUUCUUGAUGCUUUAGAAGAGAUAAUGGCUGAGCAUAAUCCCCAGUACCUCAUCGAGCUCGAUGGGAAUAAGUCACCAGAGGACCUCUUCACGACAGUUAUAGAGCGGCUGAAAUACUUGAAUCUGAGAAGAGCAGCCAUUGUCACCAAGCUGCAGAGCACAGAGGAAGAAGUGGUUGACAUAGUGGACACUGAGGAGCUGUUCCGGACACUCGCCGCUUACAAGCUCAUCGCGCCGCGGUACCGAUGGCACCGCAGCAGGUGGGGGCGUUCCUGCCCCGUGGCCCUAAAGGACGGGAACAUCUAUUCGGGGUCCGCGGACUUUUCCGUGAGCUUUCUAGGUAAAAUGUACUGCCUUUCUUCCGAAGAAACAUUAAAACUGUUCUCACUGAACCCCCGCCCCUGCCUUCUGCCGCCCAUGCCAAUUCCGCCGUGUAAGAUCUUUAUAUUUGGGCCUCGCGGCUCAGGGAGAACGACGCUGUGCAGCCUGAUGGCAGAACACUUCAAAGCGAAGGUAGUUGACUAUGCUGAAGCCGUUCAGCCACGUUUUGAUGAAGCCCGUGAAAAACUAGUUAAAGACACCAUAAAGGAAGUCACCAGCACAGCCAUCAAAAACGUGAAAGAGAGGCUGCUGAUGGAGCUGAGGUCUAAGAAGCAAGAGGAGAGAACCUUAAAGGAAUUGCAAAUGCAGUAUGCAAAAAAGGAGUAUGAAGACUUCAUGGAUAAUAAAAUGUUUAAAAGCACUGAAGACUUACAGUCUUUGGAUGAUGAAGCGACUGCUCCAAGCUCCCAGAAAUACAGCUCCUUAGAUGUUCUCGAUGAAGACAAAACUAGGUCUGACUACACCCUUGUGGACGUCGAUAGAGACGUCUCCACAGAAGACUCGAUAGAAGAGGUGAAUGAAACCCAUCCCGAGGUGCUUUUCGUGAUAGAGGAUACUCUGAGACAGGCCAAGGAUUUGAACUUCGAGCAGCCCUUUGAGAAACACACUGAACUACUAGAGGAAGUCAUCAAAGAGGUAACGGAAGAUAACAAGAACAGGUUUCCUGGUGCCCCAAAAUAUGGAGGAUGGAUUGUGGACAACUGCCCUACUAUAAGAGAUCUGUGGACAGCCUUCAUCGAUAAAGGAAUUGUUCCUGAUUUGGUUAUCUCUUUAACAGAUGGAGAAAACAAUGGAAAAUGUUUUUUAAAUAGAAUGUAUUUAAGGAGUAAGUCUGAAAUUGAUGCUAAGAUUUUAGAACGAUUAUUUGAAGAACUUCAAGCCAAAAAAAGGGAAGAGGAGGAAAUACGAAAAGCCAAAGAGGAAGAAGCGAGACUAGAUGAAGAAAAACAGAGGAUGGCGGAGUUUGAGGGAAAGAAAGCAAAAGAUGGUGAAGAGGCUGAUAAUGAAGCUGAUGAGGAGGUUGAUGGUGAAGAUUCUGAAGUCCAUGAUGCACCUGAAGAGGCUGAGGCGCCUGAGAUUCAAGAGAACACUAGAGGGUCAUUGUUACCUGAGGAGUCUGAAGCAUUGGAGGCCCCAGAAGCAGAACAUGAACCUGAAUCAGUCCCUGAGCCUCCGGAGGACACUACAGUUGAAGCAGGAGUUCGAAAGGGAUCCAAAGAGGUCCUAGGACCUGAAGAACUGCCUGAAACAGUUGUGCUGCCGGAGUUCCCAGAAGACGCUUACCCCAAUGUUCCCGAGAUGGAGCCACUGAAGGAGGAGCUGAAUAAUUACCUUCUCAUGUGGAAACAUCUGGAACAGUUGAUUACAGACAAUUUGAUUCAAAUAUUAACACUGGAUAUUUCCAACAAGACACCGAAGGAACUGCUUCAAAAAAUAGUGGAGACGAUGGAAAAGCCUUUUCAGUAUGCUGCAUGGGAACUAAAUGCUGAAGACUAUGAUGAAGAAGCAGAAGACUACCAGGCUGAGAUAGAGAUCGAUGAGGAGCAGGAGGAGGAGGAAGAGGAAGAGGAGGAGGGUGAAGAAAAGAUGAAAGAAAAAAAGAGGCACUUAGGAGACACAAAACACUUCUGCCCAGUGGUUCUCAAAGAAAACUUCAUCCUACAGCCAGGUAACACAGAAGAGGCCGCUAAGUACAGAGAAAAGAUAUACUACUUCUCAACUGCUGAGGCCAAGGAGAAGUUUUUGGAGCAUCCUGAGGACUAUGUGGCCCAGAAUGAACCACUAAAGGCUCCUCCAAUCAGGAUGUGUCUUCUGGGUCCCCGGGGCUCUGGCAAAACUACAUGCGCCAGAAAGCUGGCAGAAAACUUUGGCGUUUUUCACAUUCAAUUUGAUGAGUUUCUCCAAGAAAAAUUGCUGCUCAAGGCUGAAAGGAAAUUCGGACCAGAGUUUGAGGACGAUUCCGAGGAGGAGCAAGCCACAAAGCAAGAACUGGAGGAGCUCGCGGUUCAGGCCAAUGUGAAGAUUGAAGAAGAGAGCACAAAGAAGCCGAUUCUCGACGUGCAGUUCACAGAAGAGGAGGAAGCAAUCAAGCUGAGUCUGACGGAGAACGAGGCCCUGCCUUCGGAAGUUCUAGACCCCAUCCUUUCCGAGUGGUGGCUUAAAGAACCGAUACGUUCCACCGGCUUCAUACUGGAUGGUUUCCCGCGGUACCCCGAGGAAGCCCAGUUUCUAGCGGAGCGCGGCUUUUUCCCGGACGUUGCCGCCAUGAUACAGGUAGAGGAUCAAGAUAUCUUUGAUCGCCUCCUUCCGGCGCAAGUGCAGAAGUGGAGACAGAAACAGCACAAGAAAGCAGAACGGAAGAAAUUCAUCAAAGACUUGAAGACAAAAAUCAGGGAGGAUAUGAUUGCUAAAAGAAGAGCUGAACUUAUUUUAGAGAGAGAGAGAAAAAAGAGUGCUUUCAGAGACGACGAUGAAUUUAGCGAUGAUGACGCGGACGAAGAGGAGGAUAUCGAAAACAUCCUUGAAGAGGAAUUCCCGAAAGACGAGGAAGAGAUGAGUGAGGAAGAUGAGGAACACGAAGGAGAUGCAGCUGAGCGCCUGAGAAGUGAACUGGGAGAAAAAUAUGAAACAGAUAUGAAUAAUCUUCAAAUAAUACAGGAAGAAUUUGAGAAGGUGCUGGUACCAAUAAUUACAGUUAAUGGAGCUAGGAAAAUCCACAUUGUACAAUAUGUGUUGAAUUUGAAAGUGAAGCCACUAGUGGAAAACCGUGCAAGCAUUUUUGAGAAGUGUUACCCAGUGUCGUCACACCUUGCUCAUAAAAUGUUGGCCUUUACCUACAAACACAUGAGCUCCUUUGGCUACUGGGACCCUGUAAAGCUGAGUGAAGGAGAGACAAUCAAGCCUGUUGAGAAUGUGGAGAACCCUCUUUACCCUGUAAUCCAUCGUCAGUAUAUUUAUUUUUUAUCUAAUAAACAAACUAGAGAAAAAUUUAUGAUGAACCCAAUCAAAUACAUCCGGCAACCCAAGCCCAAAGCUACUAUGCCUGUGAAGAUUAUGAUUGUGGGGCCUCCUAAAUCAGGGAAAACUACAGUUGCCAAAAAGCUUGUAAGUGAAUAUGGCUUAAAACGCUUGUCGGUAGGAGAUGCAUUGCGUAGCAUGUUAAGCAAUCACCCGGAUACGGAGCUGUCACUUAUGAUAAACUGGCACCUUCACAAAGGCAUGACAGUGCCUGAUGGACUUGCUGUUCAAGCUUUGGAUCUUUCUCUGAUGGAGAGUGUGUGCAAUACUAUAGGUGUGGUCAUUGAUGGCUACCCGGUAACCACGAACCAGAUGAAUAUCUUGGAGGCAAGGUCAAUCAUUCCCAUGGUCAUCUUUGAGUUGGAGGUGCCAUCCAAGGAGAUCUUCAAAAGGUUGCUGCUAGAAAAGAAGAUGGAGCAAAGUACACCGUAUCCACUGCACAACAGCACACAGAUUAUAGCUCAUAAGAAUGCCAAGUACCAUAAAAAUAUCAAGGAGAUCAGGCAAUUUUAUCAAGAACAGCAUCAAAACUGGCACGUGAUUGAUGGAUUUCACAGUAAGUGGUGGGUAUGGAAUGCGAUCAUCAAAGACAUCCAACAGAUGAAUAAGUACAUACAGAUAUACAUGGAAAGAAUAAAGGACGGGAAAGCUGCUUGCAUUGACAAACUAUGUAUCACACCCGAUGAACUGAUUGCUCGUCUGGGAGAGUUUGGACAGUUCUGCCCUGUCAGCCUGGCAGAAUCUUAUGAAUUAAAUGAUUGUUCUACAACUAACAGCUUGGAAUUUGCAGCAGAGUUCAGGGGUCACUAUUAUAAAAUGAGUUCCAAGGAAAAUCUAAAUAAAUUCCUGACGAACCCGGAAUUGUAUGUGCCUCCCUUGGCACCUCAUCCGCUCCCCCCUGCCGCCAUGCUCCCCAAAAGGCUGACCCUGUCAGAGCUGAAGAGUCGAUUUCCUAAGUGUGCUGAGCUCCAAGGCUACUGUCCAGUGACUUACCUGGACGGAAAACAAAGAUAUGAAGCUCUGGUGCCUGGUAACAUUCAAUAUGCUGCAGAAUAUCGUGAUCGAAUAUUUAUUUGUGAGACUGAAGAAAAACUCCAGAAAUUUUUGAGGAUGCCAAUGCACUACUGGGACCAGAAGCUUCCAUACAAACUUCCCCCGCUGAAGGAAUCCAUCCACCUUACGAGCCUCCCUUUGCCUGGGUAUCUGGAACAGGGUACAGCAACUUCCCUCAUCAAAGCAAUGAAUGCAGCAGGAUGCCUGAAGCCCAAGUUCCCCUUCUUAAGUGUGAGGCGAUCGGUGCUCCUCUACGUAGCGUUUCAUCUCAAAGCAUUUAAUCCCAAAGGGUCUCAAUAUUCAAGACAAAAAUACAAGAAGAAGAUGGAGAAGUUUGUGGAAAGAUGUGAACUCAUAACAUACCUCAGUGCCAAGAUGACUCGCAAGUACAAGGAGCCUCAAUUCAGAGCCAUUGACUUCGAUCACAAGCUACAGACCUUUUUCUCCCUGAGGAACAUAGACCCAAUUACUGGAUAACUCGCUGAGGAUACCAAGACCCAAAUUCCAAAAGUCUUCUCCAAGGGACAGAGGGACUAAAAGGAACAGACCUAAACACUUGCAGUUUCUGAAGUUUAUUUCCCUCUUGCCUGAUGUUCUGUGGUUACCGGGCCUGAAAGGACUAUCAGCCAGGGAGGGCCACCCUCUGAGUACCUAAAUGUUACCACAACAGUUUUCCAGUUGAUUGCCUGGUUUUGCAUUCUGAUGCUUCCACAAAAUAGGCAUUCUGUUUGAGAUAUUAAAAUGCUUACUAAAUCCA